GUAGGUAAACUGUUACCAAUUAACCAACACCGUGAGAAAUUGAUACUCUGCAGAUGUAUGUGUGCAUGAGAGAUAGAGUAGGUUGGUACCAGAUACUGGGGUUGUAAUGGUGGGGGUUGGUUUUCGGAGCAGGGCAGGUGUUCGAGUGGAUGUAAAGGUAGAAGGAUCUUGAGGAGGAAGUAAAUGCAUUUAUAACAAACGAUUAAAAGAAAGUGAACAAAUUGGUGUGCAGUGUAUCAAGCGAGUUAACAUUCAAUAUUAUUCAGUUGCGCCUCGUGGAGUUAUGACGAAUUUGUUCUAAUUAAAUCUAGCUAUGGUUGUUGGUGCUUUUCCUUUGGCCAAACUUGGCACUUUACUCUUGAGGCAAGUCAGUAAACCUAUUGCAAAUGCGGUGAAGGAAAGAGCCAAGAAAAGUCCUUUUUUUCGAACGUAUAUUUGUAUGCCGCCUGCACAAUUUUACAACUGGUGUGAAGUUAAAGCUAAAAUGUGGAUCCUUGAUUUUGGACAACCAGCAGUUGUACCCUCACUCAAUGAAGCUAUGGCAAUAGAGUUGGGAGCAAAUUUGCUGGGAGAAGGUAUAAUUUUUGUCAUUGCUGCAGGAGUGUUGUAUUUGGAAUACAGUAGAGGUGUGCGAAAAGAAAAUUCAAAGGAGGAAGCUCGUAAAGAUGAAAUGGACACUUUACACUAUACAAUUCAAGAACUGUAUUUCACAACUGAGAAGCAAGAUGCUCAGAUUCGUGAACUCACUCGAAUGGUUGCUGAAUUAGAAACUAGAGUAGUAAGCAAACCCUGGGUUCGUCCAUCAACUUCAAAAUCACCUCAACCAGAUCUGUCAACUAGCCCUGCAUCUGCUGUUGGGUCAAAUAUAUUUGAUGAUCAUUCUAAACAUGCUCAUCCUCCAAGAAAAACAGGAGUUGUGCUUCAAGCUGUACAGGAAUUACAACAUGAUAUAAUUCAAAAACGCUAGCAAAUUCAUAACACAUGUACAUAUUUGAUAGAAACUACAAUAAUUGUAGAUGGGAAUGUUACAGGCAUUCCAGAUUCAACUAUUUUACCUUCAGCAUUUUUACAUACAUAGCCAUAUGUGUAUUUUUAACUGUUUUUUACAGUAUAAUUUGUUUUGAACAAUUUUUAUCAUAAGAAUAGCUUUCAUUUACUUAUCGUCUUUACAUACUUUAUACACAAGGGUUUAUUCUGUCAUAAUCUGAAUCUGCCUGAACGUUCCCUAAUUCAUUAGGUCAAUGGUUCAAUAGAUGUAACCUUGUACAUAGCCAGAUAAAUUUAACACAAUGUUGACUCGACUGAUAAUGACUUUGUCAUAGAUUGGUGCUGCUUCACAUGUAGUUAUUAUGUGAACUACUGGGAGUUGCUAGAUAGUACUCAGUGUGCAGUAAACUGUUGUUUGCUAUGCAUUCUGUGUCUGUCUUACUUCAUUUGUAAGAAGUAUUGUUAUUCAUUUUUAAAGUAAAAAUAUGUAAAUACAUUGAGUGUUUUUGUCCUCUCUUGGAAAAGAGAAGUGUAUGGUUCACCGAUUCCUAGCUCUUCCAGUGAGGAUAAAAAAUAAAUAAUCUAGGAUCACUGCUGACAAUGUCCUAUUUCUAAUGUUGUUUAUCACUUUAUAGGAAGACCUUCCUUAAGCAACUUCUGAAGUGCUUUUAUACGCUCUUCUAGAUCUGACAUGCCACGUUUCACAUCUGAAAUGAAAGAUGAAAUAUGUGUGUUAAUGUUUACAUAUGUUCACACUUUUGAAGAAAAACUUCUAAACAAAUAAAACAUCCAUUGCAUGACAUAAUAAACUUUCUGAAAGGUCUAAUUACACGACAUUUAUCACUAACUUAACAGACCUAUCAUAAUCAGGUCUUUUCACAAUUCAGUAAAGGACGGAUAGCCUCUUUAAAGGGAUCAGCUUUGAUGAAUAACACUUUUAAGUUUGCUUAUUAAGGGAAACAAAAAGAUCCACAAAUAUUGAGGAAAAUCCUAGAAAAUUAUUUUUCUCAUUUGUGUUAUAUGAAUGUAGAUGUUAAACACAACCUGACUUAUUCCGAUAGUUUGGUACCAUGUCAUGGACAUGCUAGAUACAGUGUUUAUUGACCAUUUUCAUACCUUUGUGUUUCUGCGGUUCAUACUUCGGUGGUCUUCUGUUAUGCUUUCUGUCUCCGGAACCCCCCUGGCCUGCCCGUGAUGAAGCUGAGGAGCUCCAGCUACCACUUCUGUUCCUUUUUGAGCAGCUGUGUUGUCGGGAACACGAGGAACAUUCGGAGCAACUUCGUUGAUGUUUUGACUUCGUUUUCUCUAUGUUUCUUUCGUUUCUGUAUGUAGUGCGCACACUCAGAGGCUUUGGUGUUCUGUGUGAUUGCAUGUGAUUUGGAUGAAGAGUAUUUGCAUUAAUUCCUCCUUGUUUUCGUACAUUUGGAGAAGCUUUCUGGCUGUUGCAAGUUGAUGCUGCAUGACAAAAAAAUAAAUGUUACUUAGAUAUGAUGUAAUGUAAUGAGGUAUGGUAAUGUAGACCAAAGCCAAGAAGAAUGGAAGGUAUUUAACAUGUUUUUUCCAUUUAUAAUAUGCUAAAGUCUUUAACCUUUUAAUCAACUGCAAAAAAUUGAGAAAGUAAAUGGAAAUUCAAUUCUUUGAAACACUUAAAAAGAGAGAGAUCAUUUCAAAAAUAAAUAGUUAUUGGGGGUUAUAUUUUGGCUAGCACUUGUUUUUGUCUUCUUUACCAUGAGAGAAAUGAAGUGGUAGAUAUUACAUGAAUUUAUUUUGGAUAACACAUACAAUUGUUUCAUUUAAGAUCAGUAGUCAAAGCAGGAAUGUAUUUUUCAAAGAAAGACAAAUAACCUUUUUUUGUGACAAUAGACAUAAUCUUAAUCUCUUACUUAUUGCUGAGAUGAGAUUAUACUUUGUGUUAAUAAUCUUAAGUGAAUUUAUUCUAGUCUCAUGUGAAUGAAGAAAAUGAUAGUCAGAAUAAUAAAAAAAAUACACAGAAUAACUGCCACACCGUUAUUUGGAGGUAUAGUGAAAAUGACCCAGAAAUAAACGGAGAAAAUGUCUGACUUGCCUUCAAUUAGCAUGUCCAAUUAAAUAUUGCUGAUAUAAAAUAGAAUUGUGCACUUCUGUUGUUUUUAAUUUUUUUUAAAUGACAUAUUUGCUGACAUAUUUACUAUCUAACAUAAUGAAAGAUAUGACAAAUAAAAAUUAAAUACCGAAUAAAGAAGAAUAUUUAUAUUUGCUUAUUUACUGUAGUAGAAGAGGUAGAAAAAUAACAUACCUUUUUGUUUUGGGACCUACAAGGUGCCAGAAUAACUGUAACUAAAAAAGGGAAUUGUGGUUUCUUACUAUGUUUAAUAUAAAAUUUGCUGCAUUAACCUAAACAUUGUGGAACUAAUAGGUUUUAUGUAAUAUUUAUUUUUUGUAAAUAGUGUUUCUACCAGUGAAUUGAAAACUUUGGUAGUAAUAUGAGACAGUUCUGUUUUGUAGAGCUGGAGUUUCAAAAAGUUACAUAAUGGUUUUAUUGUCGUACACUAUGUACAAUAAAUAUAUGUUUAUAAAUAACUUGGUUUUACAAUAAUCAGAAAUUAGACUGCUCUCUCUGGACCGGCACAAUCAUUGUGAACCUGCAUUCUGCCCAAGGUACAUUGAUGUCACCCAUACAAGCUUUAGAAAAUUUAGUCAUUAAAACAGUCUAGUAGUAAUACAAGACAGUCUCAUAAUGCUACCAAUCAUUUGUCUCGUAUUACAACCACCACACCAUCUUACACUUUUCCAACAUAUUGUAUUGAACAUUGCAUUUUAAUUUAAAUCCUCAGUUAUAAUAAAAAACCGCAAUAUUUGAACAUCAACUUACCUCCUAGAUUUGUAGUAAAAUCAAAAGAUACGCCGAAGGAAAUUGCACCUCAGUGCAUAGCUACAAAAACUUUCACAGCACUACUAACUGCAAAUGUUCACUUUGGGAAACUUUGAAGACUGAUGAAGGCCGCUAAGGGAAUGCAAUGAUGUGCUAGACAAUGUAGUUCUUAGGAACUUGACAAAUGUUAACACUAUGCAGAGGCGAAAACCUUGCUAUGUCAUAUUUCUACCAUAUCUCAUAUUCCUACCUCUUCUCCUACUAUAUUUUCUUUAAUUUUUUAAUUUUAUUUUUUUAACCACGCUAUUUUGCUACUUACCAGAACUACUUCUGUGAUGUCGUGAAGUUGUAUGGCAGCAGGUUGCACUCCGAGAGAAAGUUAAAGUAUGAUGAUUAUUAGUUUUUCCUGGUGACUCGCUGAAUGCAAAAAAAUAUGUGCAUUAAUAUCUCAAGUUUCUUUUCCAGGAUUAAUUUACUUACAUAUGUGGUUUAAAACUUGGAUUCUAAUGUGAAAUUUUCCCCUUUUUUCUAUCAUAAUAUGUAUAGGAGCAUUAGUGCAACGUGUUGUACACUUUACUUUUCAAUUUUCUGAAAUAAACAUUGUAACUGGCCUUAUUGGAGUUGAAAAGAUAUAAAAGGUAACACACUGAAGUUUAAACAUGAUUAAUUCUUAAUUUGUACAUUGUGACUAAGUUUUGUGGUCAAAAUGUUUAUAACUUUCUGGUUUCAACAGUAUUUCACAAAUUCUAAAAUCUAGUCAAAUUUAUUUUAGGUGAUGGGGAAAGUUAGUAAGUUUUUGUAGUUUCUAGGUGGGUUUUGUAUAUGAGGUACAUGAUGUAUUUUUAUAACUUUAGGAAAGUAAAUAUAAAAAUAACUCAAAUUUUCUUUUGAUUCUUCACUUUGCCUACUAAAAAUGUUACAUUAGUUACAGAC